GUCCACGGUAGUCGGCGCGCGGGCGCAGGGCGCGUCGCAGCAGGGCCCGCGCGCGCUGGAGCCGUGGCCGCCGCCCGGCUGGCGAGGCGCCGCGCAGCCGCUGCCCAGCGCCGAGGAGGUCGGCCUGCUCGACGCGAAGAUGCUGCUGCCAAACUACAUCCUCCCGCGCGCGCCCGCGGAGGUGUACCAGAGGCAGGUGGAGCCGCUCAUGAAGGUCAGCGCGUCCGAGCUCAUCCACCGCGCGAUCGUGGAGUACAAGCGAGUCAAGGCGCUCCAGGAGCCCUUCGGCCGCGUCCUCCAGAAGCUGUCGGACAGGGCGCGCCCGGACGGCCCGGGCACCGCCCCGAGGGCCAGCGGGGGCCCCAUGGAGAAGCCGAGCGAGCCGCUGUGGUCCGAGAUGAACACGCGCCUGCAGAAGAUCCUGCAGAAGCAGGGCAGGCGGGCGGACCGCCGGCGGAGGCGGCGGCAGAAGGCAAGGCAGCAGGGCCUCGCCAGGCUGCCGAAGCCAACGCCCGGCCGCGAGCUCCGCGAGUACCUGGACCGCCACGCCGCCUCGCUGCGCGACCCCGCGGCCUUCUCGCACAGCGAGUUC